AUGAAAGAGGCGAAAACUGUUUUCGGUCUUAGCUUGCCCUGGUUGUGGCACACAUCCCGAGCAAUCAAGCCAUGUACCGAAACAUCCAUUGAUAGAAUAGGGCCACAGUCGGCACAGACGUUUUCAUCUUCCAAGAAUUCCUGCAGUGUCGAUCCCGUAGCCGGUGCAUCGGUUACUUCCACCCGAGGAUGGCGCCUUUCGUCAUAUAAUGCCCCGUCAGUCGCUUACCCCCCUGGAUGGCUGCAACAGUACUUUCUUCGUCGGAGCUCGCUAUUUCAGCGAGAUCUUCGGCGCCCGAUGUUACCAGUCCGUCGGGGAAUUCCGUCUGGUGGAGAGCGGGAGCAUCCAUGUUCAGUAACGUUGCCGCUGAUCGUAGUCAGCGAUGCUCGUGCCCGUGCUCUGGUUGUCGGGAGGCGGGAAGUUAAACGGCACAAUUUCUUGCGAAGCCGGACGAUCAAGCAAACUGCCAAGCCAUGA